CGCCCUCCCAUUCCGUUCGCAGCCGAUAUUUUUAGGGUUUUACCUCACACCCUCUUAACGAUGACGCGGCGAAUACUGAUCGCUAAGCUCCACACCCUCUGCCGGUCCUCGCGGGCUCUCUCGCUCCCCCGCGCUUGCCCUUCCCCUCUUCUCCGCUUCCGUCCCCUCGUCGCCGUCGCCACUGAAUACCCCCUGCUCCGCCUCAACUCAGUCGCCGACGCCUCAGGGACCAGAUGCUUCUCCACCCGGCCGACGACGUCUUCACUCAACGAUCCGUCACCGAACUGGAGCAACCGCCCUCCCAAGGAGACCAUCCUACUCGACGGCUGUGACUUCGAGCACUGGCUUGUCGUCAUGGAGCCCGCCGAUCCCUCCCUCACUCGCGACGAGAUCAUCGAUAGCUACAUCAAGACCCUGUCCCAGGUUCUUGGAAGUGAAGAAGAAGCGAGGAUGUCAAUUUAUUCGGUGUCGACAAAGCAUUACUUUGCUUUUGGGUGCAAAGUAUCUGAAGAGAUCUCAUAUAAGAUCAAGCCUUUGCCGAAGGUCCGUUGGGUCCUGCCUGACUCAUAUUUAGAUGUGAAGAACAAAGAUUAUGGAGGAGAACCAUUCAUAGAUGGUACAGCUGUUCCCUAUGACCCUAAAUACCAUGAAGAGUGGGUGAGGAAUAAUGCACGUGCACAAGAGAGGUCGAGGCGGAACGAUAGGCCUCGCAAUUUUGAUCGAUCACGGAACUUUGAGAGGAGAAGGGAAAACAUGCAGCACUUCCAGAAUAGAGAAGCACCACCAAUGCAAAACCAGCAGGAGUUCCAGAAUCGUGAUGCACAGAAUGCAAUGCCACAAAAUGCCCAGAGUCCUAUGCCUUCUAGAGAUGUUCCUCCAACACCUAAUCGUGAUCCCCAUACCAUGCCACCACCUAACUACAUGCCAAAUGCUGGAAGUAGCUAUGGAGGGGGCGGACAAGGCUAUCAAGGAGGCCCUGGUUAUCAAGGGGGUGGUCAAGGGUACCAGGGCAGCUAUCCUGGAGGCAAUAUGCCAAGUGGUCCUGGUUAUCAAGGUGGCCGCCCUGGUUACCAGGGAGAUUCCCGUGGUUAUCAAGGAGGCGGCACUGCUGGUGGAAAUGCAGGAGGCAUUAUGCCAGGUGGUUCAGUCUAUCAAGGAGGCAGCCCCGGUGGUUAUCAGGGAGGUGGCCCAGGUUAUCAAGGAGGCAGCCCUGGUGGUUAUCAGGGAGGUGGCCCAGGUUAUCAAGGAGGCAGCCCUGCAGGUUAUCAGGGAGGUGGCUCUGCAUAUCAAGGAGGUAGCCCGCGUUAUCAGGGAAGCAGUCCACCUUAUCAAGGUGGCUUAUCUGGUAAUCAAUCUGAAAACUCUAGUUAUGAAGGAAGCAGCCCCAACUAUCAGCAGGGUGGUGGACCUGGGUACCAACGUGGGGCUCCUUAUCAAGGAAGAGACAUGCCUGGAAGAGAUCAAUAAGCGGCAUUCUACGUAUCGUGUGCAGAAUUGGUAUAAAAUGCUAGAGUUUCUUCUGUUACAAUGACAUGCGGGUUGACUCUCUUAGGGACUGAAAUUUUACCUUCGUCUGCACUGUUUAUUGUUUCAAGGACAUCUUUUAGCUUCUGGAACAUAAUAUCUAAGAAUAUAUCAGAUUUAGAAUUGUGAUCCAGUGGUUGCAUCUAGUUGGAACUGCUACGAACAGUAUUUCUCAUAAUUACUCGCGUAGUGCUUUUUUGAAUAUUUUGCUUCAUCGGCAGUAUUUAUUUAUCAAUGAAUUUGGCUGUUUUAUC